AUGAAGGCGUCGAUCGACAAGCGGAUCGUUUACAAUAAUUGUAUACACUAUUUGGAUAUCUACAUCAACGACUUGAUAGUCGUUCAAGAGGAGGUCUUCAAUGUGCUCAAGGAGGAAUUCAAACCCGAAAAUGUUUGUGAGCCGACAUCAUCCCCAAAGUACUUGACAGUGAUGUCAAAAUUCUGCUCUAGUUCGGCUAGCAGAGGCGAUAUGUACAAGAACGUCAUACUGAGCUACCCACCUUCCGACUUGCUGCUUUUCUUCUGGAACGGCGAUGUUAAGAGCGUUGAGUUGUUCCGUGAUUUUGCAGGUGAGUGGGAGAUGGUGGAGAUGGCGUUGGCGUUCGAGAAGAUGAAACCACCAAAGAGCACUGGUGAUGAUGACUUUAUCACUGCUCAACUUUUGUUUACUACAGAGAUUGCAAAAAAUUUCAUUGAUUUCAACAGAGAUCACAAAUCAAGACCUUCUUCCGCGAAAAGCAUACUAGAGAUGACUAAUCAGCUCAAUUGUGAUACUCGUACGACAUUUCACACUUUCGAGUCUCAGGCAUUUGCUAACUGGAUAUGUUCUCACUUACCGAAGGUUGCAAGUUUCCGAGUCGAAAAUCUCGAGUUUCUCGACUCGUACAACUGCCUUCACCGUGCCAUGUCAAAGUCUGAGAGUGUAAUGAAGAAUAGACUGCCUGGAAUUCAAAAGGAAUUCGCGCCUCUUGAAUUCAGGAAUGCCAGCUCCGACACACUCGAUUUUGUGAAGGCUUGUGCAUCCUUUGCUGAAAGUUGCGAUCUAAGGAGAGAUUAUAUUAUUGAAUUGUUGAAUGUGGGUAUGAUUCGAGAUGCAGCGGCUAACUCUCAGCUUGGUCUAUGGUGUGCGCUGAAGUGUGGCGUGCUUUUUAGGAUACAGCAGUUUGUAAACAUCAAUACUCUGAUUCGUUCGUGUGUGGUUCAGCCAGAUUUCAAAAAUGACCUCCGAAAUUGUUUGGAUAUGAUGAGAAUGAUUUACUCGAGUGAAUCCUCGCUGGCUAAGGAUUUCUUUGGCUGCCCCAAGAAGAAGUUAUCCGAAGUGUGCUUUGCUGAUGAUCUAACAACUGGGAAACCAUCGUCGCUG